AUGGCUGUUCCAACCAAGCAAAAUAAGAAAGCGAGAAAAGCCGGUGCUUUUCCCUUUUGCAGCAAGGUUUCCUUGUACACCCUUCUAAUCUGGAUUGUAAAUUGCUCCAACUCUUGCCAAUAUGAUGGUAAUUCGUACAGUGUUAUGAACAAUAGCCUCGGAAAAGCAUUCGAUUCCAGAACUCUGAGGUUAUUAGCAGAAGCUGUAGAAUCCGAGGAUGAGAUCGAACAAGAUGGACCUGUAGUAUACGAGGAUGAGAUCGAACAAGAUGGACCUGUAGUAUACGAGGAAGAUAUAGAACAAGAUGGACCUGUAGUGCACGAGGAAGAUAUAGAACAAGAUGGACCUGUAGUGCACGAGGAAGAUAUAGAACAAGAUGGACCUGUAGUGCACGAGGAAGAUAUAGAACAGGAUGGACCUGUAGUGCACGAGGAAGUUGCACAGCAAGUUCCACAACAUUCAGGAAAAAAAGGAAAAAAGGAACAUAAGGAUGGUAAAUCCACAUCUGUAGGGCUUAGGGGUGCAAACAAAGAGAAUGAAACGGAUAGCUAUGAUAAAGGGGAAUUUUGUUUACGUGAACAUUGUGAAAAAAAAAUUACAGCAGAUUUAGAGGAGGCAUUAAAAAGAUGUGCUGUACAAGAAGCACAAGAAGACAUGGAUGGACAACUUUCAGCUGGUAUGCCAAAACUAGGAGGCGAUGGGGAUCCAUAUGGUUUAUUAAAAAAAGAGAAGAAGGGAGGGGCACAAGAAGGAUAUAAGAAAAUGUUAGAAAGCAAUUUUAGCAAUAUUCCAUACGUAGAUGAUUCACAGAAUGCUCAUAAAUCAAAUAAAACACACCUAGAAAGAGAAUACGGGCGCGUAGAUCUGACCCCUCCUACAAAAACAACAAAGAACGUAACAAAAAACGCAGAAACAAAAGUAGAUAAAGAAAAAGUAGAAGAAGGAAAUGGAAAAGAAAAAGUAAAGGAAGGAAUGAAAGAGAAGGAAGGAAAGAAAGAAAAGGAAAAAGAAAAAAAAAAAAAAAAAAAACUUCUCUUCUGUUUCUAA